AUGCUGACCGUAUUAUCCGUUCUAUUUAGUCUACUAUGCGUACCCGUUACAUCCUUCCUACCAACAUUUCCACCGAACAACAAAAAUCCUUGUGAAAGAUUUGGAUUCAAUUGGGCAGCUGAAAUCCGUUGUCUUCGAGAUAUUAUCAAUAAAUGUGAGGAUGGAGAAGAAAAGAGUCGAGGCGGUCGUUCACUGCAAGACCCGUAUUCCAACAACUACCCAACAGAAGCCUCUACAACAGACUACGGAAAUCCCUACUCGUAUCCACGUCCCUACAGUCGAACCUAUUAUCGUCAUUCGAUUAGUCCAAUUAGACCGCCCAUCCCCCAACCAAUCACCACUGUUAAACCAGCUGGAGAAUGUAGUUGUCAACAGGAAUUGGAGAAGUUGGAAGCUAAAUUCGAAAAGAAAUUGUACGAAGUGAAAAUGAAAGCAGCAUAUGAAACGGAAACGGCGGUGGGGGAGUUGAGAAAACAAUUUGAACAAGAUCUCAGAAGUUAUGAGAGGAUAACAACAAAGGAUGUGGUAGAGAUAAAGCGAACACUGGAUUACAUGCAAGCUCCGCGAGUAAUGAACAACGAUGUGGAGUAUUUUCUUAUUCAGCGAGAAGAAAGCUGGUACACCGCAUCGGAGAAAUGCAUCGGUUACGGAGCGCAUCUGGCGUCUGUACACUCUCGUUUGGAUAAUGGUUUACUGGCAAAGUUGAUUCCAGCUAAUGAGACAGUUUGGAUUGGUGUCAACGAUAUUCAGAAGGAGAACGUCUUCAGAAACACUGAUGGAACGCCAGUUGACUUUUUGAGAUGGGCGCAAAAACAACCAAACAACGAGGAGCACAACGAGAAUUGUGUGGAAGUGGAUCAUAACGGAUAUUGGAAUGAUAAACUUUGUAUAAUUAUGAGACCUUUCGUUUGCAAGAAAUUUAUUUCCUAA